AUGGCGGCAGUGGGGCCGCGGAUGGGCCCUGGCGCCGGGGCCGAGGCUCUGGCUCUGGCGGCAGAGCUGCAGGGCGAAGCGACGUGUUCCAUCUGCCUGGAGCUCUUCCAAGAGCCUGUGUCAGUCGACUGUGGUCACAGCUUCUGCCGCGCCUGCAUCAAGCUCUGCUGGGAGCGCGCAGGCAAUUGGGCCGCUACCGCGCCCCGCGCGCUGCCUGGCCAGCUGCCCUGCCCGCAGUGCCGCGAGCCUGCGCGCCCCAGCCAGCUGCGGCCUAACCGACAGCUGGCCGCGGUGGCCACGCUGCUUCGUCGCUUCAGCCUGCCUGCCGCGGCGCCAGGGGAUCGCGGGUCCUCGGAUUUAGCAGCCCCGGCGGCGUGCUCUCUGCACGGCGAACCGCUCAAGCUCUACUGCCAGGACGAUGGACGCGCCAUUUGCGUGGUGUGCGACCGCGCCCGGGAGCACCGCGCACACGCAGUGUUGCCGCUUGACGAGGCAGUGCAGGAGGCCAAGGAGCUUCUGGAGUCGAGGCUGAAAGUCUUGAAGAAGGAGCUGGAGGACUUUGAGGUGUUCCGGUCCACAGAGGAGAAGGAAAGCAGGGAGCUCCUGAAGCAGAUGGCAGCUGAGAGAGAAAAGGUAGGGGCUGAGUUCCAGGCGCUGAGAGCCUUCCUGGUGGAGCAGGAGGGCCGGCUCCUGGGCCGACUGGAAGAGCUGUCCCGGGAAGUGACACAGAAGCAGAAUGAGAACUUGGCCCAGCUUGGGGGUGAGAUCACACAGCUCUCCAAACUCAGCAGCCAGAUCCAGGAGACAGCUUGCAAGUCUGACCUCGACUUUCUGCACGAGUUCAAAAACACACUAAGCAAGUGCAGCAAUGUGCCCGGCCCCAAGCCAACCACAGUCUCUUCUGAGAUGAAGAAUAAAGUCUGGAAUGUUUCCCUCAAGACCUUUGUCUUAAAGGGUUUGCUCAAGAAGUUCAAAGAGGAUCUUCAGGAUGAGUUGGAGAAAGAGGAAAAAGUGGAGCUGACCUUGGACCCUGACACUGCCAACCCCUGUCUCAUCCUCUCUUUGGAUCUUAAGAGUGUGCGCCUUGGACAGCGGACCAAGGACCUACCUGAUAACCCACGGCGCUUUGAUACCAACAAUCGGGUGCUGGCAUCCUGUGGCUUUUCUUCUGGCCGCCACCACUGGGAGGUGGAAGUGGGCUCCAAGGAGGGGUGGGCCUUAGGCGUGGCCCGCGAAAGUGUGCGCCGCAAAGGCCUUACACCUUUCACACCUGAGGAGGGCAUCUGGGCGCUGCAACUCAACAGCGGGCAGUACUGGGCCGUGACCAGCCCUGAACGGACACCCCUCAGCUGUGGGCACCUGUCCCGAGUGAGGGUGGCCUUGGACCUGGAGGUGGGGGCCGUGUCCUUCUAUGCCGCAGAGGACAUGCGCCACCUCUACACCUUCCGAGUCAACUUUCAGGAACGUGUGUUCCCCCUUUUUUCUGUCUGCUCCACUGGCACUUACUUACGAAUCUGGCCUUGAGGUGCAUUGC